AUGGUGCAGAAAUCCCGCAAUGGGGGAGUCUAUCCGGGGCCCAGCGGAGAGAAGAAACUCAAGGUGGGCUUCGUUGGGCUGGAUCCCGGGGCCCCCGACUCCACCCGGGACGGGGCGCUGCUUAUCGCCGGCUCGGAGAGCAGCAAACGCGGCAGCAUCCUCAGCAAGCCCCGCUCGGGCGGCGCCGGCACUGGCAAACCCCCGAAGCGCAAUGCCUUCUACCGCAAGCUGCAGAAUUUCCUCUACAACGUGCUGGAGAGACCCCGCGGCUGGGCCUUCAUCUAUCAUGCCUAUGUGUUCUUGCUGGUUUUCUCCUGCCUGGUGCUGUCAGUUUUCUCCACCAUCAAGGAGUAUGAGAAGAGUUCAGAAGGUGCCCUCUACAUCUUGGAAAUCGUCACCAUUGUGGUUUUUGGAGUGGAGUACUUUGUGAGGAUCUGGGCUGCUGGCUGCUGCUGUCGCUACCGGGGCUGGAGGGGAAGACUGAAAUUUGCUCGGAAACCCUUCUGUGUCAUCGACAUCAUGGUGCUGAUAGCCUCGAUUGCUGUGUUGGCUGCGGGGUCCCAGGGCAAUGUGUUUGCCACUUCAGCCCUUCGGAGUUUGAGAUUCUUGCAGAUUCUGAGGAUGAUUCGAAUGGAUCGAAGAGGAGGCACCUGGAAACUUCUUGGUUCAGUGGUGUAUGCCCAUAGCAAGGAGCUGGUCACUGCCUGGUAUAUUGGUUUCCUCUGUCUCAUCCUGGCAUCGUUCUUGGUGUACUUGGCAGAGAAAGGCGAAAAUGAUCACUUCGACACCUAUGCAGACGCACUUUGGUGGGGCCUGAUUACUUUGACUACCAUUGGGUAUGGCGAUAAGUAUCCCCAGACGUGGAAUGGAAGACUGUUGGCUGCUACUUUCACUCUCAUUGGAGUCUCCUUCUUUGCUCUCCCUGCUGGAAUUUUAGGUUCAGGGUUUGCUCUGAAGGUCCAAGAACAGCAUCGUCAGAAGCACUUUGAGAAGAGACGAAAUCCUGCAGCCGGCCUGAUUCAGUCCGCUUGGAGAUUCUACGCGACUAACCUCUCUCGGACAGACCUCCACUCAACCUGGCAAUACUAUGAGCGCACCGUCACCGUCCCCAUGUACAGCUCGCAAACACAAACUUACGGGGCCUCCAGACUGAUUCCACCUCUCAACCAGCUGGAACUUCUCCGAAACCUUAAGAGCAAAUCUGGACUCACUUUCAGGAAAGAACCUCAGCCUGAGCCAUCACCAAGUCAGAAGGUCAGUUUGAAAGAUCGUGUCUUCUCCAGUCCCCGAGGCGUUGGUGCCAAGGGGAAAAGUUCUCCGCAGGCCCAGACUGUCCGGAGGUCACCCAGUGCAGACCAGAGCAUUGAGGAUAGCCCAAGCAAAGUGCCCAAGAGCUGGAGUUUUGGGGAUCGAAACCGAGCUCGGCAAGCAUUCCGGAUCAAAGGUGCAGCAUCAAGGCAGAACUCAGAAGAAGCAAGUCUCCCGGGAGAGGACAUUGUGGAUGACAACAAAAGCUGCAACUGUGAGUUUGUGACGGAAGAUUUGACUCCAGGUCUGAAAGUCAGCAUCAGGGCAGUGUGUGUCAUGCGCUUCCUUGUUUCCAAACGGAAGUUCAAGGAGAGCCUGAGGCCAUAUGACGUGAUGGAUGUCAUUGAACAGUACUCAGCUGGACACCUGGAUAUGUUAUCCCGGAUUAAAAACCUUCAGUCCAGGAUAGAUAUGAUUGUGGGUCCCCCACCCCCUUCAACUCCCCGGCAUAAGAAGUACCCAACCAAAGGACCCAAAGAAUCACCCCAAUACUCGCCUAGAGUGGACCAGAUUGUUGGACGGGGCCCAGCAAUUACUGACAAGGACCGUACAAAAGGGCCAGCAGAAGGGGAGCUACCUGAAGACCCCAGCAUGAUGGGCCGCCUUGGGAAAGUAGAGAAACAGGUUCUCUCCAUGGAGAAGAAGUUGGAUUUCCUGGUCAACAUUUACAUGCAGCGGAUGGGCAUCCCUCCAACAGAAACUGAAGCCUACUUUGGUUCUAAGGAACCAGAACCUGCCCCUCCCUACCAUAGUCCAGAGGAGAGCCGGGAGCACAUUGACAAGAAUGGCUGUAUCAUCAAGAUCAUCCGCUCCACCAGCUCCAUGGGGCAAAAGAAUUUCUCUGCCCCUCCAGCACCGGCCAUGCCUUCUAACACAUGCCCCCCAUCUACUUCAUGGCAGCACCAAGCCUAUCAGCGACAGAGCCAUGGGUCCUCUCCAGUAGGAGAUAAUGGCUCUUUAGUCCGAAUCCCCCCACCGCCAUCCCAUGAGCGGUCCCUGUCUGCCUACAGUGGGGGUAACCGGGCUAGUAUGGAGUUCCUCCGUAAUGAGGACAUGGCUGCCAAGCACCAUGAGAGUGCCUUGAGGGACAGCGACACCUCAAUCUCUAUCCCCUCAGUGGACCAUGAGGAACUAGAGCGUUCCUUCAGUGGCUUUAGCAUUUCCCAGUCCAAGGAGAACUUAGACAUGCUGAACAGUUGCUACGCAGCCGUGGCCCCUUGUGCGAAAAUCAGACCCUACAUUGCAGAAGGGGAAUCGGACACUGAUUCUGACCUUUGCACACCCUGUGGCCCCCCGCCACGGUCAGCCACCGGGGAGGGCCCCUUCAGUGACAUGGGCUGGUCAGGCCCUCGAAAAUGAAGCACUUGCUACCCAACCAGCUGUUGGUUCACAUUGUCCACAUGUUGAACUCUUUUUCCAGGGGACUGACC